ACUAAAAUCUCAACACUUCCGGUCUCUUUUGGGACUCUCUCUCUCUCUCUCUCUCUCUCUUUCUGUGAGAAGUCUAUUCGGUCCUCCCAAUGAGGCUGAGCGACUGGGGAGCCGCCGCUUUCUUCAAUCACAAUCCAAUUAGAUGACGAAAUUACCCUCACCAUUUCCAAUCACCGUCGCCGUCAUCUUCGCGACCCUCCAUUUUCUCAACGUACAAAUCCAGUUAGCCCAUGCCUUGGGCUCUGGCUCCACCCUCGCCGUCAGUUACGCCUCCGCCACCGUCUGCGGGGUCGUCGCCUUCCAGUCUACCCACAACAUCCAAUGUUACAGCCGUGGACUUAAUGUCUCUGUCCAAAUCCAACCGAACGUCUCAUUCUCCACCAUCUCCGGCGGUGCCUCCUUCUUUUGCGGCCUCAGGACCGGUGGAUAUAGCCUUCUCUGCUGGAACCCCUCCAAUUCUACCUUUGAACGCCAGCGUAUUUACUACAACGAUUCCAUCUUCUUAAACAAUCUCUCCGUCGGCGACAAUCAGGUUUGCGCUACGACCACCACCGGCGUUGUCUCGUGCUGGAGAGGGGGAGACGGAAACGGUUACACUAGACCUUUUGGCGUCACUCAAUUCGGGUCAAUUUCAUCUGGGUUUGGUUUCUCUUGUGGGAUUCUCGCCGGUAAUGACACAAUUCGUUGUUGGGGCAGUAACCCGAUUGCGAGUCGGAUUGAGUCCGAAUUCGGAACCAUGUCAAUGUUGAGUGUUCAAGCUGGCGGUUCCCAUGUCUGCGGUGUGAACUCAACCGGGUUUUUGGUCUGUAAAGGCGACAAUAGCUCCGGCCAAUUGGAUAUUCCGGUCGAAGCUCAAUUAGAGUAUAGAGAAUUAGCACUCGGAGCUAACCACACUUGUGCAAUCAGGAACGUAAACGGGUCAGUGGUUUGUUGGGGCGGAAAUGGAGAUUACAGUGUGAAUUUAACAAAUGGGGUUUCUUUCGAGAAAAUUGUUUCUGGGUCUGAUUUCACUUGUGGGCUAACAACUGCUAAUUUGUCAGUAUUGUGUUGGGGACCAGGUUGGCCUGAUGUAUCGGAGCUUCCAUUGCCUUCAACUCUUCCAGGGCCUUGUGUUCGAUCUUCGUGUGAUGAUUGUGGUCCGUUUCCCCAAUCUGAGCAACUCUGUUCUGGUUCUGGUAACAUCUGCAGCGUUUGUCCUUUCAAUGUUUCAAUGCAACCAGUGCCGCCACCAUUUUUUCCACCACCUCCAACAGCUCGGCCUCCUUCGCCACCAUCAGAGGGGUUGAGGAAAGGCUUGUUGGCAUUUGCUAUUGUUGGAUCCAUAGGUGCAUUUUCGGGUAUUUGUACCAUAAUCUAUUGCUUAUAUACUGGGGUUUGUUUUGGGAACAAAAAGGUUUAUAAUUCAGUACAACCUACAAUUACCAGAGCAGGUUCCAAUGGUGGAGCAAACUCGAAUAAUAGCCCCAUUUCAAGAUCUUCUACUAUAAGACGCCAGGGUUCAAGAGCGAUGAGGCGUCAAAGAAGUGGAACUUCAUCAAAGCAUGCUGAUAGAGCUGAGGAAUUCACAUUGGGAGAGCUUGCAGCUGCCACCAACGACUUCUCCUUGGAGAACAAAAUUGGUGCAGGCAGCUUUGGCAUUGUUUACAGAGGCAAGUUGCCUGAUGGUCGUGAAGUAGCCAUUAAAAGAGGCGAAACAGGUCAGAAAAUGAAGAAAUUCCAGGAGAAAGAGACUGCAUUUGAUUCAGAAUUGGCAUUUCUGUCAAGGCUUCACCACAAACAUUUGGUGAGGCUUGUUGGGUAUUGUGAAGAGAGGGAUGAGAGACUCUUAGUCUACGACUACAUGAAAAAUGGAGCUCUCUAUGAUCAUUUACAUGCCAAGGACAAUGUCGAAAAGAGUUCGAGUGUUAUAAAUUCAUGGAGAAUGAGGAUCAAAGUUGCUUUAGAUGCUGCAAGAGGGAUUGAAUACUUGCACAACUAUGCAGUCCCUCCAAUAAUUCAUAGAGAUAUCAAGUCCUCCAACAUAUUGCUUGAUUCGAAUUGGAUAGCAAGAGUGUCCGAUUUUGGCUUAUCGUUAAUGGGACCGGAACCAGACCGCGAUUACAGGCCAACGAAGGCAGCAGGAACUGUUGGAUACAUUGAUCCUGAGUACUAUGGACUCAAUGUGUUAACAGCAAAGAGUGAUGUGUAUGGUCUUGGAGUUGUAUUGCUAGAACUUUUGACAGGCAAGAGAGCUAUAUUCAAGAGUGGUGAAAAUGGAGGCCCACCCAUUAGUCUCGUGGACUUUGCGGUCCCGGCAAUAAUGGCCGGAGAGCUGGUCAAGAUAUUGGAUGACAGGGUUGGGCCACCGGAGCUGAACGAGGCGGAGGCCGUGGAGCUGGUGGCAUACACUGCAAUGCAUUGUGUGAAUUUGGAAGGGAAAGAUAGGCCAACCAUGACUGACAUUGUUGCUAAUUUGGAGAGAGCAUUGGCACUCUGUGAUCAUAGCCAUGGCAGCAUCUCUAGUGGUACAAUUUCAAUUGUUUCAGACUGAAAAAAAAAAAGAAAAAUUAAAUGCUUAGUCCAAUUUUUAUUCUUUCUUUUUGGGGAUGAUUUUUAUCUGGGUAUAUAUGCAUAUAUACCUUUUUUCUUGGUGAAUGUAAAGAGAUUAGGAGAUUCUUCACCCAACAUUUUGAGUUUGUAGUGCAGGGCUUUGACAUUUUAUGAUAACUAACAUCAAUUCUUGAUAGCAAGUUAUUAUCCAUUUUACUUU